CCAAUGAAUAAUUCCAAUCACUGGUGAGACAGCGACAAUAAGCUGUCGUCGCUGCAGUUUACAAACCUCUCUUGUAUCCACCUUAUCUCGAACCUCCUUAUCGGACGGCGCUGUCUCGAGCAGAGCACACCGCAUUAUGAUCUUCCACACGUGGAUGCUACUCGCAUCCCUCUUUUGGCUGAUACAUGGCAUCAGUUCAGAUGCUCGCCAGCUUGAGGGAUCUAUUAUUUGCCCCGUUUCCAUAUUUAACCCCUUGGAAUUACCGAUUUGUUACAUCGGUGAUGAAAAUAGUGGCUUCCAAAAUGCUACCGAACCUUCCAAUAUUCCACAUGGCACUACUUCCGCGACACCUUCGGAACAGAGUGCUGAUAGUGACCUUGACACCGAGUCCCCACUUGACACGGCGAACUUUCUUUCCUUUGAGGACUGGAAAAAACAGAAUCUCGCGAAAAUUGGCCAGUCUGCGGAUAAUGUCGGCGGCAAGAGACAAGGUGGUGGCAUGAACCAGGAACGUCGUACACAGGCUAGAGCUAUCAACAAUGCUCUUGAUUCGUUCGGAGAUGAUGCGGAGAUUGAACUUAACUUUGGUGGAUUUGGCUCCGAUAAUGCUGAAAACGUCCAGCAUGAGGCUUGGGGAAGCACGGCUUCUCAGGAUAGCAGUACAGUGAAUGCCGACGGUGCUCAGAAUACAAAAGAGGACUCGGCUGAAGGUGUUUCUGCGGUUGGGAGGAGAAAGGACGCCGGCACAACCUGCAAGGAGAGAUUCAACUAUGCAUCUUUCGACUGCGCCGCUACUAUAUUGAAAACAAAUCCUGAGUGUUCAGGGUCAUCCUCAGUUCUGAUUGAGAACAAGGACAGUUAUAUGCUGAACGAAUGCCGAGCAAAGGAUAAAUUUAUGAUUCUCGAGUUGUGUGACGAUAUUCUCAUCGACACAAUUGUUCUCGCCAAUUACGAGUUUUUCAGCUCCAUUUUCCAUACUUUCCGAGUCAGUGUUUCUGACAGAUAUCCCGUGAAGUUAGACAAAUGGAAAGAGCUGGGUGUUUUUAAAGCACAGAAUACGCGAGAAGUGCAAGCUUUUGCGGUGGAGAUCCCGCUCAUCUGGGCUCGAUAUGUGAAAAUCGAGUUCCUAACUCAUUAUGGGAAUGAAUUUUAUUGCCCGCUUAGUCUCGUUCGAGUUCAUGGCACGACAAUGCUGGAAGAGUAUAAAAACGAAGGCGACAGCCGAGCGGAAGAAGAAGCUAUUGAUGAUGACGAUGCUGCCACGUCUGAUCCUACUGAAGUUAUAGAGGAAAUCCCUGUUGUUUCGGAGAAUGCGACAGUGGGCUCCCCUGAUAAUGCUACCAUCUCAACACCUUUUCCUGUCUCUGACGUACUGAAUGAAACGAGUCCUGUUCGCUGGAAUGAGCUUGAGGAGCUUAUUCUAAGCCAUUAUAUCUUGGCGGCAGCUACAUGUGCAAGCGGAGAUCAUCCGGUUUCUACGACUCAAGCUACACCAACCCAAACCGAGCCAAGUGUAUCAGUAGCUACAACCGGCACUGAUGCUGCAAAAAACGCCGAUACCAGUACAUCCGAGACGACGAUAACCUCGGAACAUGUCACUGAACAUGCCGAACAUACGAACACUAGUAUAACUGCUGUCCCGCCGCCUACUGAAAAUCGGAAUUCUACACAGGCCGGUGCUGUACCGGAGCCCUCAACAAAGAACUCGACAACUAGCUCGAGAGAAACAUCAUCAGUCUCAAGCGAGGCCACAAAGACCACCCAAUCAAACCCACCGUCGCCGAAUCCCACUACACAAGAGUCGUUUUUCAAGUCCGUCAACAAGAGGUUGCAAAUGCUCGAGUCCAACUCUAGUUUGUCCCUACUGUAUAUCGAAGAACAGUCUCAGAUUCUGAGAGACGCUUUCAGUAAAGUCGAGAAGCGACAAAUGGCCAAGCUCAACUCCUUCCUGGAAAACUUGAAUACAACAGUCAUAGAUGAGAUCAAAAACCUUCAGAACGUAUAUCAAUCACUUCGAACCGUUGUUUUAGAUGACUUUGAAAACCAGCAACAAGAAGUCUCGUCGACUGCUUCUCAACUUGCAAUUCUCACUGAUGAACUUGUGUUCCAGAAGCGGAUGACUGCAAUAUCUAGUAUUCUGAUUAUUGUUCUGUUUGGUCUCAUCUUGAUUCCUCGUGGCGCAGGAACAGUGGGAAUCGAUCUUCACAGUAUGAUAGCAUGGUCACCACGCCCAUCAUCCUCACCCAAGACGCCAAAAGUGUCUAGCACAAAGGCCUCCACACCUAGUGUAGGCUCUGAGAGGAAGAUGCUACGGAAAAUGCUACAUAAGCACCCCAAAACCGAAGACACCGAAUGUGAUAUCAAUGACUUACCACCUGCCCCUGUCGACGAUAUUCAAAUCAAAGGGUAUGAAGGAAACGGCCGCUUCCGGUCCCUGUCCGAACUAUCCGAGGUAGAAAGGAACAAAAUUUUUUACCCAUCAUUUCCUCAAGAUUUACGACAUAUGCUCGGUUAUGAUUCUCUUCGCACGCGCUUCACGCCCGGUCUGAUGAAGCGAUUUUCUUCCUCGGCGGUAGAACAGACGCGACCAGUCAGCAGCCCUCCGGUGUUGACUCCAGUUCUGAAGCGCACUGACUUAUACGCGGAUAAUGAGAGUGAUACAUCUACCGAGCCUUUUCCGCCGUUUCCAACGCAGUGAUUAAAUGCAUGCCUUUUACGAUAAUACCUACAAUUUCAACACCUACCUACCUACCUACCUACCUACCUACCUACCUACCUACCUACCUAUAUACCACAUGAAUCUUCGACCUCUCAAUACCUAUGAUUGACCUCACCAGACGACCUCGAAUGAAUGCCGCGAGAGUUUUUGUUAUUUGAACAU